AUGCUCUUCAAGCAAUGCAUCCUCGCCAGUCUUGCGACGGCCAGUCUCGUAAUCAGCGCGGCUGUUGCGGCCACCCUGCUGCCCAGGUACUCGCAGCCUAUAUUCUACGCUCUCGAGUGCCCCAACGCACAGACGGGAAAAUACCAAAUGUGCUGCUACGAGCUAGGCGCCAAGUCGCCCCACGGCUGCCGUGUCUACAGGUCCAAAUCUUCAAAGAACCCAUGCAAGUAUCCCGAGGGCAAACUGUGCCAUCCUUCCCAAUCUCUCGAAUCUCCCCACAGUACCACCGCCGAGCUCGUCCCCCAGGUAUGCGGCCUAGACGAGGGCAGCGAUGCCGAAUGGCAGAGGGCCAUGGACGGCCCAGACUGCUGCACGACCGAGACCGAGUACGGCACAAUCACGGACGACAACGGUCUCCUCUGCCACGACGUCACGAGGUACGCCGGACCGGGCUGCACGGACACAACGCCCAAAUGCGAGGUCCAAUGCGGGGUGGGCGGAGGCUGUUAG